GUUUUCAGGUAAUAAUGUCCCGAUGGAAAAACGUCCAACUGCCUCUAUUCCACGUGACGGGACAAGUUGAAGUUACCUUUAUUUCUCGUCGCUCUGUCUGACUGUCUCCCUAUGAAUCUGAUAUGCUGAUAGCAGAGAAGAGAAGAUUCUCUAAUGGACUCCAUGGCAAUAAGUCCCUUAUUUAGGGCUUCCAUUUAUAAGAAACCGAACCCUGAGUUUGGAUUUCUUAACAGCAAGAACAAUUGCUUCUCAUUUUUCAAAUUUAACUGUUUUACGAAACGCAGAAACUUUGCUGCAAUUCCUGUUUCAUAUCGACCUCCUUCGUACUUGAACUUCCCGAGGAACAGAUGCAAUCACCGUAUACCCACCGAUUUAUUUUAUGCUCUAAUGCCACUUAUACAGAGCAUUAAAGACUUCGUGGUCGUGGCUUCAGGAAUCAGAACGGGUAAUGUUCUGUUGAAAGAUUUGGCGGAGAAAUGGGUUUCUUCUUUGAGAGGAUGCGACCUGUGGGAAGGAGUAUCAGAUGACUUGAGUGGAGGAAUUGGGGUGUCUCUUCUGAGCGUGACGUCCACGGCGAAGGUUCGAAUCAGUCCGGUGGUGGCAACACUCGCUGCAAAUCCGACUUUCGUGUCUGGAUUGAUAGCUUGGGUGAUAGCUCAGUUGAUUAAGAUAUUCCUGAAUUUCUUCAUGGAGAGGAAAUGGGACUUCAGGAUCCUGUUCGCUUCUGGAGGGAUGCCCUCGUCGCACUCGGCCCUGUGCACGGCUCUAACGACUUCCGUGGCACUGUGUCAUGGAGUGGCGGACUCUCUGUUUCCUGUGUGUUUGGGUUUUAGUCUCAUUGUCAUGUAUGAUGCAAUUGGAGUUCGGCGCCAUGCUGGGAUGCAAGCAGAGGUCCUUAAUAUGAUCAUUCAGGACUUGUUUCAAGGGCAUCCUAUCAGUCAAAGAAAGCUUAAGGAAUUUCUUGGUCACACCCCAUCACAGGUCAUUGCUGGAGCUCUCCUUGGUAUCUUGAUUGCCUGCAUGUGUUGUCAAAGUUGUUUUGUUGCAACCUAGGUAUUUUUGAAGGCAGUUGCAACUGAUUUAUGUGUCAUUGUUAUGACACUUGAAUUAACCAUCCUGUCUCAUUUGGCAAUUCUGAUGGGCUUCUUCACUCUAUAAUUCUGGGAAUCAAAAUUCUUUUGGUUUGUGCCUUUCAAGUUCUUUUUGCACAGAACAAAUGAUCUUUCUCUGAUGUUGGUCCUAGUAUUCGUUCUUUUUUCUGCAUAUACAUGGUACUUUGCUGGGGUUAUACAUUACCAUUUGGUAAUUCCUUCAGGAUCUUCUUGGCUGAUGACCCACCAGUUUGAUUCCCUUAAACAGCAGGUCCAUCAGAUUGUUUGGAUUGUCUGGAAUACGUAUUGGUUGAUAUGUAAAAGCUUGUACUGGUGUCUGAGAUCUUCUUUGUAGGGUGUGUGCUGCAUUCUUACUUUUCUUUAGCUUUUUUAUACAAUCUCUUUAUUAUGUUGCCAUGAUCCUACUUUAUGAAUUCUCCUUUAAUGUAUUAA